AUUUUCUAUUGUUCCUUGCUCCCUCGUCAAAAAUCUAAAAGCACCGCAGGCGGAGAGGGCGACGUCGGCGAAAUACAAAUUCCAGGGAUCCAUCUUUUUGGAAAAUUGACAAAAAUUGAAGGGCAUAUUUGGUAAAUAUCAAAAAACCAAUCUAAUGUUUUUCCGCUUUCGCUUUUCAUCCACCGCAGGACUCUUUUUACUCGUCGAAGUCGAAGAGCUACCAGUUGUCGAGCUCAAACCCUAGUCCGAGAAUCGCCCUCAAAAACCCAAACCAGAGGGGGAGAGAGAGAGGGGAGCGACAUGGACGCGAUCAGGAAGCAGCUGGACGUGCUCAUGGGAGCGAACAGGAAUGGGGACGUGAGAGAAGUAAAUCGCAAGUACUACGAUCGGGACGUCUGUCGUCUCUACCUUGUUGGCCUAUGCCCUCACGAGCUGUUCCAGUUGACGAAAAUGGAUAUGGGGCCAUGCCCGAAGGUGCACUCCUUGCAGCUGAGGAAAGAAUAUGAAGAAGCUAAAGCAAAGGGUAUGGAUAACUAUGAUAGGGACUUGGAAGAUGUUAUAGAUAGGCUUAUUGUUGAGUGUGAUAGAAAAAUUGCUAGAGCCCUUAAGCGUCUUGAGGAUGAGGAUGCUAAAGCUGCUAUUGCAAUUUCAGUGUCUGAGGUUACCCAGACACCUGAAGUACUUGAGUUGUCAAAGCAGAUAAAGGAAAAGUUGAAAGAAGCUGAUCAAUUUGAUCUUGAAGGCAAGACUGACAGCAAGAUUAGGGCUUUGGAAAUAGUUGAAGAACUCAGAACCAAGAGAGCUGACAAACAGUCGAUGCUUCUUUUGGAUGCCUUCAACAAAGAUAGAGCUUCUUUACCUCAGCCGCUUCCAAACCCUCCACCAUUGGCACCCUUGCCUGUAGUCGCUCCUGAUCCUCGUACCCAGGAAAUGAUAAAUGAGAAGUUGAAGAAAGCAGAGGAUCUUGGUGAGCAAGGAAUGGUAGAUGAAGCGCAGAAAGCAUUGGAAGAGGCUGAAGCUCUUAAAAAGCUACCUGCACGACAGGAACCUGUUCUGGAUUCCUCCAAGUAUACUGCUGCCGAUGUUCGCAUUACUGAUCAGAAGUUACGUGUCUGCGACAUUUGUGGAGCAUUUUUGAGUGUUUAUGACAGUGACCGUCGUUUAGCAGAUCAUUUUGGAGGAAAGCUUCACUUGGGCUAUAUGCAAAUCCGCGAGAAGUUAGUGGAGCUUCAGGAGGAGAGAAACAAGAGUCGCAAGAUUGAUCGGCAUGAUGAUGGUAGAAGAUCCAAAGAACGAAGUCGAGACCAAGACAGGGAAACUAGCAGGGACCGGGAUCGGGCUGAUAGCCGUGAGCAGUAUAAGGAUCAUGAUCGUAGGAGCCGAGAUCGUGAUAGGUAUUAUGAUCGCGAUCGUGACCAUGAUCGGGAGCGUGAUAGAGAUCGUUCUCGCAGUUAUGAUUCAAGAAGCCGUCGAAGAUCACGCUCACGGUCAAGGGAGCGUUCCAGAGAUUAUGAUCGCCACAGGCGUUACGAUCGGUACUAAAUCUGCACAGCUGAGCUGAUGAAUGUGAAAAUUAUGUUCUCUUUCCCUAGGUCAGUGUUGGAAUUGCACAUGAAUUCUUGCUUUAAAUUUCUAAUGGUUUUGUGCGGCUGCUACUGUAAUGGUAGAAAAAAUACCAGUUUUCUAGGUCUUUCUCCGGUGACAUGUUUGGUGGGAUAUUUAUCCUGCUCUGUUUUGGUUUUUCCAAAGCAUGGGAUGUAAUAUGGAUGUUUAGCCUUCUAUCUAUACAAGCUAUGCUCUGUGCCAACUAA